GCACAGGGAGCUUAGCAGGCUCUUCCCAUGGCAGUCUUAUUCCUCCUCGUUCUGUACCUAUGUGGGCUACCACUGGCUGACGCAGACAGCAUCCACGCCAUCUACGUGACCUUGGGGGAGGCGAUGGAGCUGCCAUGUCCUUCUCCACCCACCCAACAUGGGGAUGAACUCCUGUCUUGGUUCUACAGCCCUGCGGCAGGUUCUUCCACAAUUCAGGUGGCCCAAGUUCAAGUGGCCAAGUCAGGCCUAGAUCUUGGGAAAUCUGGAAGAGAAUCCAGGCUCAAACUCUUGGGAAACUAUUCUUUAUGGCUGGAAGGAUCCAAGGAUGGAGAUGCUGGGCGGUACUGGUGCAUGGUGGUCGAUCAGCAGCAUCAGAAGUACCAGAAUUGGAGGGUGUAUGAUGUCUCUGUGCUCAAAGGAUCCCAGUUCUCUGCAAAGGCCUCCAACGGAUCCUCCUGCUCUGUUCUCCUCUGCUCUGUGGUCCCUGCCAGGCGUCUGGACUCUGUGACCUGGCAGGAGGGGAAGGGUCCCGUGAGAGGACAUGUUCAGUACUUCUGGGGUGAUGGAUCAGCCCUGCUCUUGGUGUGUCCUUUGGAGGGGCUUCCUGGGCACAGAGGCCGGAGACCAAGAAUCAUUCGCUGUCUCUUGCCUCAAAACAAAGCAAUCAAUUUUAGCCUGGCAGCCUCCAUGGAUGUUUCUCCCAGCCUCUGUGUCCCUUCCUCGAGUUGGGAUGUGCCCUGGGUCCUCAUGCUCCUGUUCACAGUGGGCCAGGGAUUUGCCAACUUGGCCCUGGGCAUCAUGCUCUGUAGACAGAGAGUCCAAGUGACUCGAGACAGAGAGGCCUCCAUUCCUCACUUCAAACCUGAGGUCCAGGUAUAUGAGAACAUCCACUUGGCCCAUCUCAGCCCACCCACCCACAAGACCAGGUGAUCUUGGUGACAUCAACUGCUGGAAUGUGUGACCUGCUGUCUCCCGUGGCCUUCUUCCGACACCUGAAAGAUUCCCUGAAAAAAAACCUUGUCAAGCGAGGGAGGGGCAGUGCUGCCAGCAUGACUUUACCGCCGGCCUCCAGCAGUCACCCAUCUUUGUGGGGGAGGGGGUG